UAUUAUUAUUUUUAUUAAACAAAAUACAUAUAAAAUUGAAAUUCUUAAAAUUAAGACGUGAGAAUUACCUAGUCCCCUUUAAAGGAUCCGUUAAAAAGGAAACAGAACGGAGCUUAGGGUUUCUAGAAUUGAGAGGUUUAGGGUUUCUGAUGCGAAACGGAGCCACUAAGGGCGGGCACGAAGCAGAGGAAGAUGGUUAAAUUUUUGAAGCAGAACAAAGUUGUUAUACUUUUGCAGGGUCGAUUGGCAGGCCGCAAGGCCGUCAUUGUGAAGAACUUUGAUGAUGGAACUACUGGACGCCCUUAUGGUCAUUGCCUGGUUGCAGGCAUUUUAAAAUAUCCCAAGAAGGUGAUCAGAAAAGAUUCUGCGAAAAAAACGGCUAAGAAAUCAAGAUUGAAGGCCUUUAUCAAGGUCGUCAACUAUAAUCACAUUAUGCCAACUCGGUACACAUUGGAUGUUGAUUUGAAGGCCUUAGUAACCUUCGAUAAACUGGAAGCUAAUGACAAGAAGGUGACGGCUCAAAAGGGAGUAAAAGAUGCAUUCCAAGAACGUUUCAAGACAGGAAAGAACAGAUGGUUUUUUACGAAGCUUCGGUUUUAAAAUUUUCAUGCUGUUUUAGCUGUAGGUGCUGCUACAGUUUUGUUAGGAUAACUUUCUGAAUUGGUUGGUAGUCACUUGUAAUCAUGAAUUUUACAUCUGAUUAAUAAUUUUAAGUGGAACCAUGUACAAUUUUUUUUAAGUCUCCAGCACAAUGGAGAGGUGCAGUUUAUUAUUAAUACAUUCAAAGCUUAUGGAUGAUUGGUUGGAAACA